AUGGAGGAUAGUUUGCCUAUUUUGAACGAAAUCCUAGCUAGCCAGAGCUACAUUUAUGGGUUAGUUUACAAAUAACAUAGCUCAUUAUGUUUAUAUUGUUUCAGUUUCACUCCAACUUCACUUGACAGAAUCGCCUUUUCGCGGUUGAAAACUGUGCCCCAGACUUUGGUGCAUUUGAAUAGGUGGCAUCGGCAUUUAAAGAGUUUUAGCUCGACUGAAUUGGACAGGUUUGCGCCUGGUUAAUUAGUUAUUUUUAAAAUUUUAGGUUUGAAAACGUAAAACCGUCGAACGGCUUGGGACGGCUGGGCUUUCUGAAGGAGAAUGAUGCAAUUCGGUAGGGGAUGGGCGUGUUGUGCGUGAAUGUGUUGUUCUUACUAAAUUUUCAGUUGUAACCUGUGUCGAUUGACAAAAAAUGAGGAAAACGUAUUGUUUUAGGUCAAACGAGGUGAAAUCUGAGCAAAAGCCAUUGAAAAUGACUGUUUCUGACGGCCAAACUGCCGCGGAAAACUUGCCAGAGGUUUUGCUGAGCGUGCUGGAUAAAGCUGGAGAGUUUGACACUUCAAAGUUGGCGGAAGAAUUAAAAUUGGAUCAUAAUAAGGUUAUUGGAGCUGUCAAAUCGUUGUUAUCGCAUGAAAACGUAUGUUUUUUUACUUUAUUUUUAUACUUUUAGGUUAAAUUUUGAAGUGCUAUUGUAAACUACUGAGUUUUUCUCUUUUGUCUGAGAGAUGUGCUAAAACGUUUAUUAUUUUUAAUGUUAAUGUUGUUUUAGCUGAUUGACACGAAAGACCGUCAAAUUAAGCAGUUUGCUUUGUCUGGAGAAGGCAAAGAGAUUUCUGACCAAGGAUCUCAUGAAUAUCGAGUGUUCCAAGAGAUUGGUGCUGAUGGUGUGCCUCAAAAACAAAUUGUGGUACGUUUAAUAUCUACAAAUCAUUUCAAACUAUUAACUUUAUAAAACAAAGUUUCAUAUUUUAAUUUUAUGUCUUUCAGUUAUGUAUAACUUACUAAUUAAAAUUUUUUAAUUUCUAUUGUUUAGGACCUGUCAUUUGGCAAAAUAGGAAUGUCAAAAGCUUUGGCCAACAAAUGGAUAGCUUUGGAUAAGAGUGCUAGUCCUCCAAAGCUUGUUAGGAAAGUGGAGCAAGUAAAAGACGAAGUUAGGGAGGCUUUAUUGGCUUUGAAAAACAAUGAAGAUGUUGCUCAAGCCGUUUUGGAUCAACUCAAAAAACGAAAAUUGAUCAGUGAAACGUAAGAUUUUAAAAUUUUUUUGUUGGAUUUUAGGUAUGAAAGAUCAUAGAGAUGCAGUAUUAGGUUUACAUAUGCAAAUUAUGAUUUCGUAUAAACUUAGAAUAUUGCAAAAACCGGCAAAAGUACAAUAUAAAAGUUACUAUAAUAUAACCCAAUCUUUCAGCACGAUAAAAGCACUGAUUGUAACGAAGGGAGACGCAUUCACGGUGAACCUCGAGAAGCCAGAAGUCGAUAUCACGGCCGAGAUGAUUGCCACAGGCUCGUGGAAGGACAAGACUUUCAAAAAGUACAACUUUGAAGCCUUGGGAGUCCCACCACCAGCUGGACAUCUUCAUCCUUUACUUAAAGUAAGGUCAGAGUUCAGAGAGAUCUUCUUCCAAAUGGGAUUCACUGAAAUGGCAACGAACAAAUAUGUUGAAAGCUCUUUCUGGAACUUUGAUGCUCUCUUCCAGCCUCAAAUGCAUCCGGCUAGAGAUGCUCACGAUACCUUCUUCUUGAAAGGUAGGGGAAUAUAAUUUUUGGGGUUCAGAGGCAAAAGGAACGUUAUAAUUGAUUUUUUUAUUGUUAAGAAUUGUAAAGAAAGUUAUUGCUGUUUAUUUAAGAAAUUGACCUUAAUAAUAAGAGGAUAAACUCUGACAAAACUUUAUUUCCAGACCCGGCUGUGAGUACCGAGUUCCCUCAAGGCUACCUUGAACGAGUGAAGAAGGUUCAUUCCGAAGGUGGCUACGGAUCAGUAGGCUACAAAUAUGACUGGAAGAUCGAAGAAGCUCAAAAGAACGUUCUGAGGACGCACACAACUGCCGUAUCAGCUCGUCAACUAUAUCAGUUGGCUCAAAAUGGCUUUAAACCAUCGAAAUACUUUAGCAUUGAUCGAGUCUUCAGAAACGAGACGUUGGAUGCAACGCAUUUGGCUGAAUUCCACCAAGUUGAAGGUGUUGUAGCUGAAAGGAACUUGUCAUUGGCUCAUGUUAUCGGAUUGUUCACGGAGUUCUUCAGGAAGUGCGGUGGGUUUCAAGUUUUAAUUUUUUGUUGUGAUAUGAUGAUUAGGUAGUAAAGCGUAAUGUUUCGAUAAAAUGUUAGGUUAUUUUGUUAAAUCUUAUGUUAAACUUGCGUUUUAUGGCAUAAAAGUUUUGUCUGACCCCCAAAUUGAUACCUAAAAUACUAUAGUCUAAGCACAUAUUUUUAGGUAUUGAAAACCUCCGCUUCAAACACACCUACAACCCAUACACUGAGCCAUCGAUGGAGAUCUACGCUUAUCACGAUGGUCUCAAGAAAUGGGUCGAAAUUGGAAAUUCAGGUCUGUUCCGACCAGAAAUGCUGCUCCCCAUGGGCCUUCCACCUGAUGUCAAUGUAGCCGGUUUUGGUUUGUCCCUAGAGAGACCCACUAUGAUCCGAUAUGGAAUCUCCAACAUCAGAGAGCUGUUCGGUCAUAAAAUCGAUCUGAACAUGGUCUACAAGAACCCAGUCUGCAGGUUGGAGAAGAAAUAA